AUGGACGAGAUACUUGCCAACAAGAUCGAUUUCGAGGCCCUUCUGGACACACGCAUCUACAGCUCCUUCAGCAGCGACCGAGAGCGACCCCAGGAGGAACCGAGCCUCGUGUUCACGAUAGUUUUGGAGAUGCGUUGGGUGUUUGUGAAGUUGUUGGUUGAGACUGUGGCGACGGUGCAGGGGGUGGUGGGUGUGGAUGUGGAACCGUGCUCGGGACCAGUGCUUGAGCGGCUUUUGGACGAGGAGCGGAAGGGUUUGUUGUAG